CAGCCGGCUGGGGGCGGGACCUGGGGAGCGGUUGUGGGCGGGGCCAGGCGCGAAGCUUCAGCCAAUGAGCGGCUGAGGAACCAGAGUUUGAAUCGGCGGCUGCGGGCGGCGGAGAGUGGGGACAUGAGGAGGAGCGAGGUGCUGGCGGCCGAGGCCGUGACGUGCCUGAACCGCGCCCUGUCCGCGCUGCGGGACAUAUGGGAGGAGAUCGGCAUCCCCGAGGAACUGCGGCUCGAGCGGACCGGGGCUGUGAAGAGACACAUCAAGAACCUGCUGGACAUGAUGGUGGCGGAGGAGGAGCGCCUGAGGGAGCAGAUGCUGCAGACCGUGGCCGUGUACAGGAAGGAGCUGGACGGCCUCUGUGCCGAGCUGCACGCUGAGCCCUUCCAGACGCAGGAGGGGAGCACCAUCCUGCAGAUGGUGAAUGAAUUACGGGCCCGCGUGGAGGUGCUGCUGAAGCAGAAGAAGGACAGGAAGCAGGAGCUGAAGGCUCUGCAGGAACAGGAUAAGAACCUGUGCGACAUCCUCUGCGUGUCCCUCUUCAGCAUUGAUGAUGGUGCCGUGCCCAGCCUGGACGAGCUGGACCGCUACCGACGCCACGUGGCCUCACUCAGCGCAGAGAAGGAGCGAAGGCAAGAAGAAUUUGUCAGCAUCAAGCGGCAGGUGGUGCAGUGCAUGGCGGAGCUGGAGCACAGCCCUGACACCAGCUUUGAGCGGGACGUGGUGUGUGAGGAUGAGGAGGCGUUCUGCUUGUCCACAGAUAACAUUGCUAACCUCCAGAGCCUGCUGCAGCAGCUGGAGGCGCGGCGGGCUCUGAAUGAAGCCAUGUGUGCAGAACUGCGCUCCAGAAUCACCGAGCUUUGGGAAAGGCUGCAGGUUCCUGAGGAGGAGAGGGAGUCUUUUGCGGUGCACAUGACUGGAUCCAAAGCCAAAACCAGGGAAGCUUUGAAGCUGGAAGUAGAACGUCUGGAGGAGCUGAAGCUGCAGAACAUGAAGUCCGUGGUUCAGGCGAUCCGCACGGAGCUGGCUGAGUACUGGGACAAAUGCUUCUACAGCCAGGAGCAGAGGGACGCCUUCAGUCCCUAUUACGAUGAGGAAUAUACAGAGGCCUUGCUCCAGCUCCACGAUACUGAGGUGGGGAAGAUGAAAAGUUACUACGAAACACACAAGGAGCUGUUUGAGGCUGUUCACAAAUGGGAGGAAAACUGGAAGCUGUUUCUGGAGCUGGAGAGGAAAGCAGCUGACCCCAAUCGCCUCGCCAACCGCGGGGGGAGCCUGCUAAAAGAAGAGAAGCAGCGAGCAAAACUGCAGAAGACCCUUUCCAAGCUGCAGGAGGAGCUGGAGAGCAGGAUCCAGGCCUGGGAGCAGGAACGUAAGGAGCCUUUCCUGGUGAAGGGACAGCAGUUCAUGGAGUACGUGACAGAGCAGUGGCAGCUGUAUCGCAUGGAGAAAGAGAAGGAGAAACAGGAGCGGCAACUGAAGAAAAGCCGCCAGAUUGAGACAGAGAUGAUGUAUGGGAGCACCCCAAGGACUCCUAUCAAGCGCCGAGUGCUUGGCCCCCACACACCUGGCAAAGUAAGGAAGCUCAAUGGCACUUCCCUCUCCACUGCCACUCCCAACAGCACCAUUCGUUCAGCUUUUGGGGCAACUCUCUUCCAUUCACCAACGUCACGGCUGCCACCUUCUGGAGGGAAGCUUGGCCAGGCUCGGACCCCCAACCGCGUGGCUGCGAAGGCCCCCCGGCCCGGACACAGGGAACGGAACAAGGAGAACCUGUCACAGCUGAACGGAACCACCCUGAGCGGUGGGUGCAGCCCCGCAGUCCCUGCCCAGCGUAACCACAGCGUUAAUUCUGUUGCCAGCACCUAUUCUGAGUUUGCGCGUGAACUCUCCAAGGCCUCCAGGUGCGAUACCAGCUCCCGCAUCCUCAACUCCACCACCACCAAUGCCUUCUGCUGAGGCGCUGCCAUGGGCUCCAGCUCCCUGUAGUUGUAGUGAGUCGCUGUGCUGGCAGUUCCCGGCCCCAGGGGCCGCUGCUCUCGGUUUUAUUCUUAGUGAGCUCCCAGGUCAGCCCCGCUGUGCAGCGCUGGGGGGUCCCACCUGCGAGGGCAGCGGCUAAAAGGGGCACUUUUAAAUUUGUUUUUAUUUGUGAUUAAAGAUUUAAGACUCAAAGACAGUCUGGGGGUAGCGUAGCAGUGGGUGCUGCAGCCCAGCGCGGUGGUGGCGUGAGGGCGCAGGGCUCUGCCUCGCUCCGUGUGCACUGGGACAGACAGGACCAAGCACAAAUAACUUUUUCUCCCCCUCCCACCUGUAGCUGUCGUCUCCUGGGCUUUCCCUCUGUCCCCAUCAUAUCCGCUGUGUUUCAGUCAAGGCUUUAGCCGAGGUUUCCCCAGCACCCACGCUGGGCUGCAUCUCUCUAGGAAGGCAGUGUGGGUAUUUGUGUCCUGCAGGUGCCCUGUGCUCCCGGAGCUCAGUGUGCUGCUUCCCUGCAUCUUCUGCCCUCCCUGCAGCAGGCAGGGGUGAGGGCUGGGGGAACAGCCCCAGCAGCUCCUUGAGCUCGGACAAAGUCCAGCAGCCUCCAGUGCUGCCCCUUGCCCUGCUGUGCUCCAGCUGCACUCAGCAGUAAAACACACUGGUUGGUAGUUUGCACCUUUCUUAGCUCGGCCCUCAAUCAUGACUAAUUUGCACCUUGUUAUCACUACAGCUCCCCACCUGCUGUUAUUUAUCCCCAAGUUCUGUCUCCAUACCCUGUAACUGUAUAUACUGUUUAUGAGAAUAAUGCAUAUCUGUAUAUAUAGCCGCUGCUGUUUGUGUGUUCGUUGGGAUGACUGCAAUCUCUGUUCUCGGAGCCUGGAGGGGGCAGAGCGAGGGCUGGGCACUUCCCCCUCCUCCCCUCUUGCCCCCCCCAGGGCCUGGAACAGGCAGGAACCGUCCUUGGGAAGCACCGUGAAGCACAACUGCUGCUGUUACAAAACAAAUAAGAUUUAAUAAAUACAUUCGUUCUGCGUCA